AUGAAAGAGCUCAUUCAAGAAAUCGAGAAGCUCGAAGCAGACAUAAAAAGCGACCUUGGGCUUGAAGAUGCUCUUAUUUCCACACAAUCAAUCCUGCAGACCAUAAACGGUUACAGAAAUCUCAUCAAGCCCAAGGAAAAGCAAAUAAGAGAAUCCCGUCUUGGCAUGCUCAGAAUGGCAAUCAACAGGCUCGACUUUCAUAAUCUCGAAUGCGAAGAAAACACACUGGCAGACAAGCUCAAAGGCAUCUGUAAUCAAGACAGCCCUGCACAAAAUAGAUCCGGAUGCUGA